AUUUUCAUAGCUGAAUUUUGAUUGAUUUGCUCCGGUAGUCCAUCUCUUUUACUCACAGUAGGUAAAGUACAGUGAGCAUUGAAGCAUUGUUUUACCUCUCACAAUGUAAAACACUGCUCAAUGCAAGGAACUGGAUUAGUGCCCAGGUCAACUGAUCACACAUGAUUUGCUGAUGAGCUGUGAGGACUUGAUGCCAGUCUGGACUUCUGCUGCAACCAUGUUUUGAGUAAAGUAUAUUUUCUUGUAAAUACAGACAGAUGCAAGUGCAGCAAAGACGUUUUUAAUGAGAUAUGAGUAGACAAAUACAAAAUAAUAAGUAAGAAGCCAUGCAACAAUGAGAAACAAAACAAGAGAAGGUUAAAAGACAGUCACAGGUAUAACGGGAUUGGUCAUUUCAGGUGUAUAAAUAGAAAAAAGUGCAUUUACUGUUUACUUGCUUCGCAAAUUUUUAGUCCAUUUUUUUCAUUCAAUAGCUGAGUCACUGAGAAUACUGGAGUAAGUGGGGAUUGUAGUCUGUGAAAACUAUAUUUGAAAGCCUCAAGGUGCUUAAAGUUUUAGUCUGCAAAACUAAAACUUUUUGUUAAAUUUACAUUUUUUGGUAAGUUUAAGUCUGUUUCCCACAUGAACAAACCAUUUAUAAAUGUAUAUAACCAAAUCCAAUCUGAUAAAGAAGCCAAAGGUAAAAGGUCUAAUUAAUGUGUACAAAGAGAAAACAUACUAAUAAACCCAAGUAACAUAUAAUUAAAGUAGAAUAUUGUUUGUUUAUAUUGGCAGAGAAUGCUGCAUUUUAAGGGUUUAUAAAGUACAGAAUGAAACCUGCAGCUCGAUCAUCUUCAUACAUUAACCACAGAUAACCUCUGUCUCACUUCCUUUUCUAUCAGCAGCACAUUAAUUUAUACAGGACACUCGAGUUGUACAGUCGUAUCCUCACACGUAGAGAGGCACGUGUUUUUGUCAGGGUUUUAUAGUUUAAAAAUGUUUCAAUGUGUUUCUAAUGUUAACUGCAUGGAGGAAGAGGGGAAGAGAGGAGAUGAAGAGGUAAUUACGGUGGUCAUCUACAAAACUGCAGGUGGUUAUGGAUCGGAGAGAGAGGAUGCUGAUACAAACAGUAACCUACAAACUCAACGCCCAGGAAUCAACUGUACAGUGAAUAUCUGUUACACCCUGACUGUAGUGUGUGUGUUACUGCUGUGUGUUCUCCUGAUGACUGCUGUCACAGUGCUGUGGAUCAAACUCAACAUCCUGACUGCAGAGAGAGACCAGUUAAAGAAGCAUAAAAAGGAACUACAAAGGUUUAUUCAGCUGGGCUGGAUUUUGUUCAGUUCUAGUAUUUACAAAAUCUCAACUGAGAAGAAGAGCUGGACUGAGAGCAGGCAGGCCUGCAGAGAGAGAGGAGCAGAGCUGGUGAUCAUAAACAGCAGAGAGGAACAGGAUUUCAUAAAUAUAUUACGGACAAGCAGAAAAUCUUGGAUUGGUCUGAAUGACAGAGACAGAGAGGGCGAGUGGAAGUGGGUGGAUGAUACACCACUGAUCGCUGAGUAUUGGUUCAGUGGAGAACCCAAUGAUAAAGAUGAGCACUGUGUUAUAACAGGUGAAGGGUCUGAUCCUGUCAGGACCUGGGCUGAUUAUCCCUGCAAAUCUAAGUUUAUUUGGAUCUGUGAGAAGACAAUCUUUUUCUAAAUUGCUGUAUUUGAAAGAAAAGCUGUUAAUUAAAUUGACAUUUCUGUGUAGAGUUCUGUGUUUCAGAAAAAUCCUCAUUGCAUCAAGUCUGUAAUUAUUUUGUUACCUGCUUUUAGCAUCUAUGUGUAAAUCUUU